CAACCGCCACCGCUAUCUGCUCAUGCGCUGCCGUGCCUUUAAGAAAGCGGCCUGUGUGCAGUUAGCUUAUUGCGCAUAAUUAAAGACUUGGAAUCCUAACCUGUGCAUCCGAGACACAUUCGCAUGCAAUGGCACCUCCAAUUCAGAUCGCUAUAUGGCUCAAGCGGACGUAUCCACAACCUUCUGUAGAUUCUGAGUGGCUAGACGGCUGCUACUCCUGGAUCGAAAGCGAGUUCCACUUUGACCCCGCAAGUCAGAUGCAGGACAUCAUUCGCAUUGUAGACAUGCAGCUCCUCGAAUCUGAUCUGACAGACUCCAUGGUCGCGGGAACGGGACUGCCGCGGAAUGUGGUCGACCUGCAGAACACAGUAAUUCGUGGACCUAUCCUUGUGCAAAUCAUAUCUAUCACGGACAUUGGAAACAGUGCAUUCUCACUACAGAGUGUCCGCCAGGCACGGCUUGAGCGCGCGGACAUGGCAGGGCUCGCUAGGGCAGAGGAUGAAGAAGAUGAAGGCCCCAUCCCGUCCUAUCCACGUUCAAUGCUACGCUUCCAACUCAGCGAUGGCUCCACCACUCUACAAGCCAUCGAAUAUCGUCGUCUGCCUGAGCUCGUUCUUGGGGAGACGAAGCUCGGCUAUAAAAUGAUCCUUAAAAACGUCUCGAUCCGCGGAGGAAUAGCACUUCUCGAGCCCAAGUGCGUGAUCAUGAAAGGCCAUCAGUGUGCCGACCUCGACGCGCUACAAGACCGCGACUUCGCGCGAGGGCUCAGAGUGCGUCUGGGUAAACCGGACGAUCCUGCACUAGAAGAGCCUCAACCGAAACCAGAGGCAGCACUAGCUGUUCGGCAGACUAUGCCCAUCGCGGCUCCUUCACAGGCAGGAGGCGCAGGAAGCAUCCGUUCGCCCUUUCGCGAGUUAUCAGAGGCCCUCUUGCCUCCGAUCGCAGGCCCCUCAGGUACUAGGCACGACGAUGAAGAUGCCCCGUUGCGUCGCCGUAAACUGCCUUCCCGCAUACAGCGUAGCCCAUCCCCGAAUCCAAUGCCACAAUCACAGACGAACGAACCUACAAAGUCGCGUUUCUUCUCGACGCUCGCGCCAGGACCUGAACUGAACAACCCCUUCGCCGCCCUUGCUCGCGAGCGUGUGUUCUCUCCACCUCGCCAGCCGCUCGUUGUUGUGUCCGACAGCAGCAAUGAUGAGAACGACGAGAACGAUUGGCAAGUGUCAGGGACGGGUACCACUCGGUCUGCUGCAGGGCCGUCCAGGGCCGCUCAAGCAAUCCUGGAGCCAGCUCCUGCAUCAUCGAGCUCGGAUUAUGGCUAUGAGGACGUCGAUGACGCUCUUCUGCGAGAGAUGGAACGUCAAGAAGCACUUGUGGAUGAUGAAGAGACGCAGCUUACGCAGACGAGAGCACCCAGCACUACCCUUGUGGGCACAGUUGCGACGUUCUCACAACGGACCGUCACGAGCAUCCAGCCGGCCGUCGACCCAAGAAUGAGCGCAUCUGCUUCCGUCUUCACUCCUGGCGCGGGCCCAUCAUCAACGGGAGCACCGGGUGAUAGCAGCUCAAGCAUUAAUGCCACAGGAGGUGUGGAGAGGGUCGGUCCCGAUGUGAUUACCAUUGACGACUCCGAGGAGGAUGACAAGGAGAACGUGCCAGUUCUUGCGCGCCGUGUACGCAGGCGUGUUGCAAGGCUACCUGCAAGCCGGUCAGAGGGGGAUGUGAUCGAACUGUCGGAUUAAACACAGUAGAAUUGCGAGAAUGAAAACUUUCGACCAUUCUAUUUAUGUGGGGUCAGGGAUACAAGUGCAAUAAGUACAACCUCCAGUGUAUCACGCAUAGUGAAGAUCACGGAGAUACCAUG